UCCGGGGGCGGGGCCGCAGCAGGAAGCACUCGGGUCUGAGUUUCGGGCUGGACCGCUCUGCUCCGCGUCUCGUUAGUUCCGGAGGUGUCUGCGGCCGUGGGAAAUGCUGGCGCGCGCGGCGCGGGGGACUGGGGGCCUAUUACUGAGGGGCUCUGUGCUGGCUCCUGGUCGCGCGCCGCGCCGCGCUUCCUCCGGAUUGCCCCGAAACACCGUGGUACUGUUUGUACCGCAGCAGGAGGCCUGGGUGGUGGAGCGAAUGGGCCGGUUCCACCGGAUUCUGGAGCCUGGCUUGAACGUCCUCAUCCCUGUGCUGGACCGGAUCCGCUAUGUGCAGAGCCUCAAGGAGAUUGUCAUCAACGUGCCCGAGCAGUCGGCUGUGACUCUGGACAACGUGACUCUGCAGAUCGAUGGGGUCCUUUAUCUGCGCAUCAUGGACCCCUACAAGGCAAGCUAUGGUGUGGAAGACCCUGAGUAUGCCGUCACGCAGCUGGCUCAGACGACCAUGAGAUCAGAACUUGGCAAACUCUCCCUGGACAAAGUCUUCCGGGAGCGGGAGUCCCUGAACGCCAGCAUUGUGGAUGCCAUCAACCAGGCUGCUGACUGCUGGGGCAUCCGCUGUCUCCGUUAUGAAAUCAAGGAUAUCCACGUGCCGCCCCGGGUGAAAGAGUCCAUGCAGAUGCAGGUGGAGGCGGAGCGGCGGAAACGGGCCACCGUUCUAGAAUCUGAGGGGACCCGAGAGUCAGCCAUCAACGUGGCUGAAGGGAAGAAGCAAGCCCAGAUCCUGGCCUCCGAGGCAGAAAAGGCAGAGCAGAUAAAUCAGGCAGCAGGAGAGGCCAGUGCGGUUCUGGCCAAGGCCAAGGCUAAGGCUGAAGCCAUCCGGAUCCUGGCCGCAGCUCUGACACAACACAACGGAGACGCAGCCGCCUCGCUGACCGUGGCCGAACAGUACGUCAGCGCGUUCUCCAAACUGGCCAAGGACUCCAACACCAUCCUGCUGCCCUCCAAUCCCGGUGAUGUGACCAGCAUGGUGGCCCAGGCCAUGGGUGUUUACGGAGCCCUCACCAAGGCACCAGGCCCAGGGACCCAGGACCCCGUCUCCAACGGGAGUGGCAGAGACGGCCAGGUCGCGGACGGAAGUCUCGAUGAGGAGUUCGAUCGAGUCAAGCUGAGUUAGCGGCCCCACGCGUGGCCAGCGAGGCUGCAGUCUGGGCAGUGGCCUUCCAGACUUCAUCUGUGGCCUCCCUGCCAAAAUCUCGGUUUCCAUUUUUCUAUUUGAACUUGAAUCAUGUAAUAAACUCACCGUGCAAACCAGAA